UUGGUCGCGUGCAGUUUCGGUUAUUUCGGAAUCACUUGGUGCUGUCACCUGGAGUGUGUUGUCAGAGCGCGAGCGAUGCCUGACCGGGACUGGAAUGCACUCGGAAUCUACCUCGGCCGCCUGGUGGAGUUUGUGGACGAACAUAUUAAUGCGGUGCGGCAUGUUAGUACGGGCCUGGCAGUGGCCGGAGUUGUGAUGCUCGCCAGAAGCGUUAAACUAUUUACUAAAUUUAAUAGUGCUCUGGAGAUACCUGAUAGCUUUAUUGAAAAACAUGUUAAACUUCGAGGGAGAGUGCACCAUGUAACAAGAUAUGGACUAGAAGUAGAGCAUGUUCCCAUUACAUUUCCAGUUGUUUCAUUUCUACAAAGAAGGCAGUCAAAUGGUCUGCUGAUGGUUCGAUUGGCUGGCUUGCAAAUGACUGAUGAAGGCAAAGCGUGGUUAAAAGAGCAAAUCAAACCUUCUCACAUUAUUUGGUUCCAACCUCUAAGGCGGGAGAAUUCUUCUAUUGAUUCUAUUGUAAGAUUAAACAAGAGUAUAUUUUUUUCAGUCUCUCUGAAUGAAGAGAUUUUAAGGAGAGGCCUUGGACGAGCAGUUAACAUUGAGGGCCUACAAUCAAAUCCUAAACUGUACUGGAGAUUACAGUCAAAGUUGCUUAAAGCAGAACUAAAAGCCCUAAGAAAAGGUAAAGGCAUCUGGAAAGAAGCCACUAUGUUAGAAACAAUCUCAAAUAAUCUACAGAAGUCCAAGAAUCUGCUUAAUCUAGAUAAUCUUAAAUCCUGGGUCAGUUCUUUCAGAAAAAAAUAAUUUAUUCAGUUGUAGCAGAAGCUUGUAAAGUUAAAUUUCUACAAUAAAUACAACUACUUUGUCAUCCUUAAGUGUUACAGAUAUAAGGUAUGUUAUCUUUGUUUAAGAGAGAGAGACUCAUUUUACAAUGCAAAAUGUUGUCUCAACUUGCUGGUUCAUUCAAAAAUUGACUUCUUUAUUCCAGAUUCUUAAACAUGCAUUGUUUUAUAAUAAGUAAAUUUAGUCUGUACAUUAGCUUUGCUCUUUUCACGUUAGUGCUUUUCUUUGACUGAUAGAAUAAUAAUCUACUGCAGCAAGACAACUUGGGUACUGGAGCCAAGCUUUGUAUUAUCUAAUAAAGGAAUCAGUGGAGCUAAAUAGUUUACUUGUGCCUUCCAGCUUGUGACCUUUAAUUAAACCUAGUAAGACACAGGUAAAAGGACACACAAAAGAACAAUUAUUGAGAGAGAUAGAUACCUAAAAACUGAAUUUCAUCUUAAUAUUUGCAUAUAGUACAUAGUCUGAAAUGCUGAAUCCCCUCCAAAAGUUUUCCAUCUGUCCUAAGACUUGCCUUUAUAAAUAUAAACAUAUCACGCAUUCAGCAUAUUUUCUCCUUUACUUUCCUGCUACUGUUGUUAAGUAGAUUUGAGAAAUAAGUUUGCUACACUCUGCUUUUGCUGAGAAUGGUUUGAAAUGUAACAGGUGUUUAGAUUGCAGACCUCUUAAGUGACCAGAACUGCAUGCUAGUAUGUGAAAGACGGAUUUCAUCAACAAAUGAUUGAAGUUGUCUCCUGUUACUAAAACCUGCCUUGGUAUGCAUUCCUUUCACGCUGUAGAAUGGAGUGUUAGCUCUCUCCAUUUUGACAGCACCUGAAAAUUUUGUAAUCUUCAAUUAUAGAGCAACAGAUGCAUUGGAAAACAAGCAAGAGACAAAAAGAAGUCCAAAAAUUCAUGAAUGACACUGUAUUUCUCAAAAUACUUGAAUAUUCAAUCAAUUUCUCAUACAAUUAACUCCUAAAUUAGAGGUACCUAAAGGAUAUGCAUUGGGUGUGCUUUAAUUGCAGACCUGUGUAGUUUGAAGCUGUCAGUACAGAUGAGCUAAUUAUUCUAGGAUUGGCGGUGUAUCUCCAACAGUAUUUUUUCCCCACCCCGAUUGAGAUUGUGCUUAAUGCUAAAGGCCUGCCUGCAGGAUAUGUUUCAGUUCAUUUUCUGUCUUGAAUUCUUAAUUCAUUGCCAUCCCUAAAUUCUUUCCCUUUGAGAGCAAUAGCAUGAUUUUUGUAUCGAUUGCAGUGGCAACCUGGAUAGGGCAAGGAGGCUAAUAGAGGAAUGGAAUGCAUGGCAAUUUCCAGCACAAUGUACACGAGGAUGUAUAUACUGCAGAUUCUUCUUUGAGACUACCUGUCUCUCUGUGCUGCAGCUAGUUAUGUUUGAAGUGUUAAGGAGUGAGCACAGUAGGUUGGUAGGUUGUUGAUAUGUCAGUAGCUGCUAUGCUGGUGGAGUCAGGUUGCCAACUCCUGGUUUGAACUAAACUUGGAAAUUUGAUCACGUGGAGUCCGAUCAUUUACUAUCCUAUCAGAUCAGGUGACAUCUACAAAUAUUGGUUUUGCCAUCUGUAAACUGUGGGCCAGUGAAACCACAGUAUGUGCAAGAAGUUCCAAGAACCAGGAGGCCAUUCAAAAGCAGACACAGAGACAAACUUGAGGAUGCAGGAAAGAGUGAAACAAUUCUCUCCAAUUCCCUUCCUAUUCAUUACAUUCCCGUGCCCCAAAAAACCCCUCAAAAAUCCCGACAUCAACUUUGCUUCCUUCAAUCCCAAUGUCAGGCCUCCAGUUUUAACUUGCCGUCAUACCUUGCUGUCCAUCGUAUUUUUAAUGUAAAGGAGAUCUGUUUACUUCAGUUGAUUUCUUUGUUGAUUCUAUCUUUAUGGUAAAGCUGUGCAAAUAAGAGUUUUCCAGACGCUGUGCAUUGCACAGAUAAUUAUUUUUCUAACCUGCUGCCUUGUAAUUACCCUAUGUGCUCAGUGUUUAAUGUUGAAAAUGGGCUUGGUGUGUUGAAGUUGCCCAUUGUCUAUAUUAUCCAAAUACUUGCAGUUUCAAGGGAAAAUAUUAACAUAGGAACAGCGGGGAGGCCAUUUGGCCCCUCAAGGGUAUUCUGCCAUUUAAUGAGAUUGUGGCUGACCUGUGUUCUAAUACCCACCUUUGGCCCAUAUCCCUUAAUACUUUUAGUUUAAUAAAAAUAAAUCUGUCUCCGAUUUUAAACUAAGAACUAAUCUAGCAUCAGCUGCCAUUUGUGGAAAAGAAUCCCAAACCUCUAUCACCCUCCUUGUGUGUAGAAGUGCUUUCUAAAAUGUCUGCUGAACAGUCUUGCCCAAAUUCACAGACUAUGCCCUCUAUUUCUAGAGGGUAACUACAUAGCAAAGUGCAAGUUAUCUGAUACUGUUAGUGACCAUGUAUUGGGAGUGUCCAUCUGUACAUGUUUUGCUGUGAAAUAGGGUUGUAUUGAGUGGUUCACUUUUAAAAAGAUGAAUGCGACACACAGUAAUAAAUGUGUCUAGUUCAGAGGAUUCAAUUGACUAAUGUUAAAGUGAGUUUCAUCUACUAGAGUAGCUCCAACAUCGGUGUUUCUAAUUAGGACUGGAAACGAGUAAAGUUAUUCAACAUGAGCCUUCCUUGGAGUGAUUCAUCUUUUAAUUUUAAUUUUAAAGACUGCAAUGUAACAUACAAGAUACACUUAAUGUUUUUUUGUAAUUGUUCAUUCUCAUAAAUGUCUGUGUGCAUUGUAAAAGAAAG